GGUUUGGGGCUCGCGGGGGGAACCCCCCUGGGUUCGGCGUCUGUUGGGCCGGUACCUGAGCGCACUGCCGCGAGGAACCCCGGUCCCGGGCUCGGGCUGCCCCGGAAAUGCUUUCAGCCGGCACAAACAUGGCUGCGGCCCUGCGAGCUGCGGGCGCCCUGUUCCGCUGUCCGUCAGUGCAUGGCAGCUUGAGGGCCCAUCAGCCAUGGAGGUGCCAGUCGGGUACAGCCGCCGCCGCCGCCGCCGUGGAGACAACCCAGCGUGCCCAAAGUACAAAACCUCAAGUUCAGCCGGAGAAGAGGAAGCCAAAAACUGGAAUAUUGAUGUUAAACAUGGGAGGCCCUGAAACCCUCGGAGAAGUUCACGACUUCCUUCUGAGGCUCUUCUUGGACCGCGACCUCAUGACACUUCCUGUGCAAAGCAAACUGGGGCCAUUCAUCGCCAAACGCCGGACCUCCAAAAUUCAAGAGCAGUACCGCAGGAUUGGAGGCGGCUCCCCCAUUAAGAUGUGGACCUCCAAGCAAGGAGAAGGCAUGGUGAAGCUGCUGGACGAGCUGUCCCCUCACACAGCUCCUCACAAAUACUAUAUUGGAUUCCGGUACGUCCAUCCUUUGACGGAAGAAGCCAUUGAAGAGAUGGAGCGGGACGGCCUGGAGCGGGCGAUUGCUUUCACACAGUACCCACAGUACAGCUGCUCUACCACCGGCAGCAGCUUAAAUGCAAUUUACAGAUACUACACUGGAGCGGGCAAGAAGCCUGCCAUGAGGUGGAGCACUAUUGACAGGUGGCCCACACACCCCCUCCUCAUCCAGUGCUUCGCAGACCACAUUCUGAAGGAACUGGACCAGUUUCCCCCGGAGAAGCGAAGCGAGGUGGUCAUUCUGUUCUCCGCGCACUCCCUGCCGAUGUCAGUGGUCAACAGAGGGGACCCCUAUCCUCAGGAGGUGGGCGCCACCGUGCACGGAGUCAUGGAGCGGCUGGGUUACUCCAACCCCUACCGGCUGGUUUGGCAGUCCAAGGUCGGUCCCAUGCCCUGGCUGGGGCCUCAGACGGACGAGACCAUCAGAGGGCUCUGUGAGAGGGGCAGGAAGAACAUCCUCCUGGUUCCCAUCGCGUUUACCAGUGACCACAUCGAGACGCUGUACGAGCUGGAUAUCGAGUACUCGCAGGUCUUAGCCAAGGAGUGUGGAGUUGAAAACAUCAGAAGAGCAGAGUCUCUUAAUGGAAAUCCGCUGUUCUCUAAGGCCCUGGCUGACCUGGUGCAUGCGCACAUACAGUCAGACGAGCUGUGCUCCAAGCAGUGGACCCUGGGCUGCCCGCUCUGUGUGAAUCCCGUCUGCAGGGAGACCAAGUCCUUUUUCACCAACCAGCGGCUGUGACCUGGGCUGGCCGAGGGCCACCUCCAGAGACCUGUGAUAUGGCACUGAGAGAUCAAGGAAGUCAUGUGACACACACAAGGGGUCUCCAGAAGGUUCAGGGAAUGUGCCUGUUACAAAAAACUAUGCAUGGAUUUCGAAACUUUUUUUUUUAACCAAAGCAAACUUACUUCCAUUUUCCCAUGAGCUUUGUGAGGUGCCCUGGUGUGUGGCCCUUGGGUGCACACUGCUUCCCAGAGGGCCCAGCUCUGAAGUCCUUCCUGCCGAGUGUGUGUGUGUGUGUGUGCGCGUGUUCUAUUUUUGUCGCCCUCUGCAGGAGGCCUCUAUGCCCCCCUCUCUGGGUACAGUUACCCCUCUGGAAAGCCCACCAGGACAUGCUGAGAGUGAGCUGUUAAACUGACGCCAGGCUCACCAAUCUUAAACACAGAGUUUACUCUUACUGUCCCAAACUUCCUGCCCAGGUAAAGAGAAUCUCCUUUGUGGGCUGUCAGUAUGAAUGGAUCUGUUUGCAGCCUUGUGCCCAUAGCUAUAGUUUUAAGAAUGAACGUAGCUGGGGCUGGCGCCGUGGCUCACUAGGUUAAUCUUCCGCCUGUGACGCCAGCAUCCUAUAUGGGCGCCGGGUUCUAGUCCCGGCUGUCCCCCUUCUAGCCCAGCUCUGUGCUGUGGCCCGGGAAGGCAGUGGAGGAUGGCCCAGGUGCUUGGGUGCCUGCACCCACAUGGGAGACCAGUAAGAAGCACCUGGAUCUGCUCAGCACCAGCCAUAGUGGCCAUCUUGGGGGGGGCGGGGUGAACCAACGGAAGGAAGACCUUUCUCUCUGUUUCUCUCUCACUGUCUAUAACUCUGUCAAAUAAAUAGAAAAAAAAAUUAAAAAGAAUAAACAUAGCUGAGUUUAUGAAACAUAACUUGACAAAAGAAUGUAACCCAUUUUUCCCUGAGCCCAGGGUGGCAGGAGGCUGGUGAGGCAGUUUGGUUGCCUUUGAUGGCUGCUUUAGCCAGUGAGACCACCAUUUGCUGGUCACAUUGGCAUCUCUACCCUAGAACUGAAUCAAGUGCAGCUCUCAGAGGUGCUUCGUGGCCGCGCCAGCACGCAGGGCUAAUGACCGUGUCAGCCACUCAUGCUUCGGUAGGAGUCUGGUGCCAAGUGAAGGGGGCUUCGUCCACUGUUCCUGUCCCCCCGGACAGGGCUGCUGGGAAACGCUUCACAGUGGGAUCCAUCUUUACAUCUCCCGCCCUGGUGAGCCUCCCAGCCAGGGGCUUCGGGCCCUGCUGUCUGCACACUGGCUCCUGGAUUAUUUUAUGGAGUCAACUGUAUUUUGUAAUCUUGAAUUCCUUCUGAGUUUACAAAUUUUCAUUAAUGAAAAUUACACAGCUACACAACAGGACAUUUGAAAAAAUACAGUAAAGAAAAAAACCGCUCUAAUGCAGCUCACUAUUGUAUGACUGGGUUUCCUGCCAGUAGUGCCCUGUGGAUAUUUUCAAUGGCAUUAUCACCUUGAACUUGUGAGUGAAAAGUUACUCUAAAAAUGUAGAAAUAAUACCAGAUCAGAAUUUGAUCUUCUAUAUUUGGAUUUAAAUGGAUUAAAAAUCUCUGAUGGAACCAUGAA